CCGGGCGCUGCGGUGGGCGGAGGACAGGAGCGGCCGCGGCUCGGGCGGAUCGGCACCGGCGGGGGGUGUGUGUGACGUGACUUGGCGGAUCGUUUCCCCGCUCCGGCCCCUCGGGCUGUCAGGUGUACGCCGCUUUGCAGCCGUUUCGCGCCCACUGCCUGCCCGGGUACCGGAAGUGCUACGCGAAUUGCCGGAAGCAGUGUAGCGGCUGUCGGAAGUGCCGUGCCAUGCCGUGCCGUGGCUUGAGGGGGGUCUUGCGACGCGGUAGGACCGGAUAGGGCUGCUGGGGUAGAGGGAUGUGACACAAGUGCGCUUUAUUCGAGACUCCUGGCACUUCUACCUAUGUUUUAAUGGCACACAUCACUAUAAAUCAGUAUUUGCAACAAGUACAAGAAGCCAUUGACAGCAGAGAUGGACAGUUUUGUGCAGAAUUGGUAUCAUUUAAACAUCCACAUGUUGCAAACCCAAGGCUACAGCUUCCAUCUCCAGAGGAGAAGUGCCAACAAGUUUUGGAACCACCGUAUGAUGAAAUGUUUGCAGCCCACUUAAGGUGUACAUAUGCUGUUGGAAACCAUGACUUUAUAGAAGCAUACAAAUGCCAAACAGUUAUUGUCCAAUCUUUCCUGCGAGCAUUUCAGGCACAUAAAGAAGAAAACUGGGCUUUACCUAUUAUGUAUGCUGUAGCCCUUGAUCUUCGGAUUUUUGCUAACAAUGCAGAUCAACAGUUAGUGAAGAAGGGGAAAGGCAAAGUUGGUGACAUGUUGGAAAAAGCAGCAGAACUCCUGAUGAGCUGUUUUCGAGUCUGUGCCAGCGACACCCGAGCAGGCAUUGAGGAUUCCAAGAAGUGGGGCAUGUUGUUUCUUGUGAAUCAGCUGUUCAAAAUUUAUUUUAAGAUCAACAAGCUCCAUCUGUGUAAGCCCUUAAUUAGAGCAAUCGACAGCUCAAAUCUGAAGGAUGAAUAUAGCAUGGCCCAGCGAGUUACAUACAGAUACUAUGUGGGGCGCAAAGCCAUGUUUGACAGUGACUUUAAACAAGCUGAGGAGUAUCUGUCAUUUGCCUUUGAGCACUGCCACCGCUCAAGCCAGAAGAACAAAAGAAUGAUUUUGAUCUACCUGCUGCCAGUAAAAAUGUUGCUGGGCCAUAUGCCAACAAUUCAGCUUUUAAAAAAGUAUGACCUUAUGCAGUUUGCUGAAGUAAGAAAGGCUGUGAGUGAAGGCAAUCUCCUCCUACUGAAUGAGGCUUUGACGAAGCAUGAGACUUUCUUUAUUCGAUGUGAUCUUAUCCUUGAGAAGCUGAAAAUCAUCACGUACAGAAAUCUCUUUAAGAAAGUGUAUUUACUACUGAAAACCCAUCAGCUAUCUCUAGAUGCCUUUCUGAUUGCUCUGAAAUUCAUGCAAGUUGAUGAUGUUGAUAUCGAUGAAGUCCAGUGCAUUUUAGCUAACCUUAUAUACAUGGGUCACAUUAAAGGCUAUAUAUCACAUCAGCAUCAAAAGCUUGUAGUCAGUAAGCAGAACCCGUUUCCUCCACUGUCAACUGUGUGUUGAGUAUUGCAUCUUCUCCAUGGAAGUACUUUUCAGAUACUCAGCUUGCCCAGUGGAGCUGCUUCUGAUCACUCUGGGAAUAUUGCAGAUGACCUGGUUCAUGUCCAGGACUGGAAUACCAGGAACUGUUUGUGGCUCCUUUCCCGGAAUGACCAAGGCUGCUGGUGUUACAAAGUGCAUUGGAUUGAAAUGCUAACUUUUGAGUGAUAGUUUCACAGGCUUUCAGACCAUUCAAAGUACUUAAUGAGGAAAUAAAGAAAAGCAUUCCAAAAUCCUUCCAGUUUUAUUUUAAAGCUUUUAUAAACUAGUUUGUGUUACUAUUCUUGCAUUUAUCUUUCAGAGAGAACAAGUAUCCAUCCUUUGUUAUUGUAUUCAUCCAUUCUUCAGAGUGGCAGUGAUGUUUUCUUUCAUGGUUUCCAUGGGUUUUUGUCUCUUCAAUAAUUUUGCUGGUAUUAAAUACUCUUUUCAAGCUUUCUCUAAAAAACAGAGAAGUGCUUGACACCAAAAUGUGUCAAUGAUACUUAUGGAUUCCAAUAAAUGUGGGAUUUUUUCUGUUGAUGCCCACGAAAGAG